CUGGAGGAACCGUAGCUCGCAGGUUGUGACGCUUGGAGUCCGAAAGGCGUCUUGGUUCCGACCUCGUGGGUCGGAAUCUUUCCGGGCGAGCCAGUCCCGAGGCUGCAUCCAUAUAUAAAAAUACUUUAUAGAAGACUGGGAGUACAGCACAGGAGGGUAUCGGAGAUCCUGUAACAACAGUAAUGAAUUACAGAGAAGAAAUUAUGAGUUUGAUAGUCCCAGGACAAUUUGAUGAUGCUGACACUGACACUUCAGACAGCGAAGCCUCGCAGGUUGUUCAACCAUCUCAGGAGGAGAAGGUGAUGGUUAAAAUGCAACAGUCCCAUCUGAAUGAGGAAGCUGAUGCGGAUGAAUCAUAUGAGAGCUCUGAGGAUGAGGAGGAUGGAUGGGAUUGGGAUGAUGAUAUGGGAAAGCUGACAAAACGGAAUCCAAUGGCUGGUGGAAGAAACCUACAGCCAAACAAACAGAUUCCCAGCAGCAGUGCAGCCAAAAUGUCUACACCUACAGAUAAAGCAUUAAGAAAGUUUGAACAUAAAAUCAAUCUAGACAAGCUGCGUUUUGCUGAUUCUGUUAUAAAUAAAGUUACAGAGAAGUCUAGGCAAAGAGAAGCACAUAUGUACCGGGUAAAAGAUAAAUCAGACAGGGCAACAGUAGAACAAGUCCUGGAUCCAAGAACACGAAUGAUUCUGUUCAAGAUGCUUAGCAGAGGUGUGAUAUCCGAGAUCAACGGUUGUGUCAGUACUGGAAAAGAGGCUAAUGUGUACCAUGCCAGCACUGCAAAAGGCGAGAAUAGAGCAAUAAAGAUUUAUAAAACUAGUAUUUUGAUGUUUAAAGAUCGGGAUAAAUACGUGAGUGGAGAAUUCAGGUUUCGUCAUGGAUACUGUAAAGGAAACCCAAGAAAGAUGGUCAGGACAUGGGCAGAAAAAGAAAUGAGGAAUUUAACCAGGUUACAUACAGCACAAAUCCCAUGUCCAGAACCCAUUAUGCUAAGAAGUCAUGUUCUUGUGAUGGGCUUUAUUGGCAAAAAUGAUAUGCCUGCUCCUUUGUUGAAAAAUGCCCAGUUAUCAGAGUCAAAAGCCCGAGAGUUGUACCUGCAAGUCAUACAAUACAUGAGAAGAAUGUACCAGGACGCCAAGCUUGUUCAUGCAGAUCUCAGUGAAUUUAAUAUGCUGUAUCACAGUGGUCAGGUAUAUAUUAUAGAUGUGUCCCAGUCUGUGGAGCAUGAUCAUCCACAUGCUUUGGAAUUCCUGAGGAAAGACUGUGCCAAUAUCAACGAUUUCUUUUAUAAGUACAAUGUUGCGGUGAUGACAGUGAGAGAGCUCUUUGAGUUUGUCACGGAUCAAUCUAUUACGAAUGAGAAUAUGGAUGCCUAUCUUGAAAAGGUAAUGGAAAUUGCAUCUGAGAGAACAGUGGAAGAAAUAUCCAAUCAGAAUAAUGUAGAUGAAGAGGUGUUCCGGAAAGCUUAUAUCCCUAGGACUCUGACAGAAGUUAAGAACUAUGAGAGAGAUGUGGACAUAAUGAUGAAGCUGAAGGAAGACGAUUCAGUCCUCAGUGUGCAGCAAGAUAAUAUUCUCUACCAGACAGUGACAGGAUUAAAGAAGGAUUUAUCUGGUAUUCAAAAGGUUCCUGCACUCCUUGAAAAUAAUAACGAUGAGGCAGAUUCUAAUGAUGAGGAUGAGGAUGAUAGCUCUGACAAUUCAGACUCAUGUUGUAAGGAACAGGAAGACUCGGGGCUUCUUAAAGACCAACCUGCUGAAACAGGUGUUGACAAAAAGGAAAGGAAGAAAAUAGUCAAAGAAUCUCAAAGGGAGAAGAGAAAACACAAGAUUCCAAAGCACGUAAAGAAGCGAAAAGAGAAGGUAGCAAAAAUGAAAAAGGGCAAAUAAAUUCUGGUGAUCAUUUUUAAAAGUUUUUCUUGUUUUAGUGAGUCACUAUUUUGGAGCAGAGUCCAUUCUGAUGCAUAUCAACAGAGCACCGUGACAGGCUAAAUUGUUACCAGAUUGACUUGCUCUUGUGUACUCCUGCAGAAUCAGAAGCUCCCACUAAGAAUAUUUCAUGUGGAGAAAUGAAAACAAUUUCACAAACGUGUUUUUUAAAAGAAAUCCAGAGAAAUUGAUGCAACAUACAAUUGUAUAUUUUGUACUUGCAUAGUGACCCCAACAUGUAAAUAAUUCCUUUCUUGUUCCAUGAUCAAUUAUUUGGAUAGAUACAUGGGUAAAUAAUGUGUGGGAGGAGUUUACAUAGUCUUGUUCAUUUAAGCCAGGGAUGUGCAGUGGAUGGUCCUGCAGACAUUGGACCUCACCUCUUAAAAUUUCUCUUUUCAUGCUGAUGUGAAGGAUGAUGGGAAUUGGAGUUAAGCAACACCUAGAAGGCCAAACAGUAGCCUGUUUGUGAUGAAAACUCUUCAUUCAAUUUCAGUGAAUUGUCUGCAUGAAAGAUAAUCUUGUACUAAGAGGAAGAGUUAAUGAAGUCUUGCUAGCAAAUAUAUUCCUUCUCAUCCUGUCCCUCUGCAGCAUUGACACUACAUUUGGGAAGGGGUGGGGUGGGGGGAGUUGUUUUCAGAGGAAAACCACACUUAUAAAUAACACGGUUUUUAUCACUCUCAUCUCUAUCUGGAUCUGUGGCAUAGUGCUCCACAUGUUACUUCUUGGAUUCUGUUUGUCAGCCAGUCUUGCCUGUUUGGCUACAUGGUAGGGAGCUUCAGUAGAGUCCUGUUGCCUAGGUAACAGACUAACAGAUUUCUCCUUCUCUUUCGGGAAAUGUGAUUGUUCUUUCUUCAUUGUGCAAGUUUAUGAGUAAGAGUGACCUUUCUGUGAUCAAGAGAAUACUUCUGUAACUGUUCUUGAUUUGAGUUCAAUUUGCUUCACUACGGAUGAAGCAUUGUAAGGAUACUUACAAACUGAGUUGACACCAAAGAUCAAUAAUUUACAUUCAUUACUCAAUUGUUUUUAAAAGUUGAAAUCAAGUUCAAUGACAGGGCACUACCAUCUCCAAAACAUUAUUAAUUAACUUUCUGAACUAUUAAUGGAAUCACUGAACUUUAUCAAAUUGGUUUUAUUCUGAUUAAAAACUACAAACAACAAUUCAUGGCUCAGAUGUUUAAGGGGCAGCAGUAUUUUAACAGCUGUCAGUGGUAUAAAUCCAUUGCCACUGGUGUCAUUUUCUUUGAAAAUAAAACUCAAAACAUUCUGCAU